GGUCGCACGCUUGCCCGCCCGCCCGCCUUGCUGAAAGAUUAGGUGGAAAAUGCGAAAGCGUGAUAGCGAUUUCCUCUUUGUUCUCUCUUCCAACUAACUAAUUGAACCUUUUCAACUUCACUAUCUUGGUCGAUUUGUUUAGCCGCCAAGGCGGAUUCUCCUGUUUGGCCAUCGCCCAUUUGCUUAGUCGUAUAUCUCCAUGGGUAUUGUGUCUACGUUUGUUUCGCUUGGUGAGUGCGAAUAGCAGACUGUGUCAAUCAAUACUGCCUCAACAACCUUUACAUACACAUACCACUUCUACACGACCUCUACACUACAUAUCUGCACCAGCCGCCGACAUCAAGAAAUUAUUACUCCCGUCGAACGGUUGUACAAGGCCGAUCACCGCGUAUAUCACCGCGUAUCGCGACCCUUUGGAGACCGGUAACGCCCCCAACCGCGCCUCAACACUCUCAUUGGCGUUGUCAACUUGCGGAGGGCUGUGUGACGAUUGCCGAGUUGCCUCUUCCCGGUUCACGACUUUGCGUUCCAUCGACAGACGACGACCAAGAGCAAUGCAGAGACAUCGGCCUUCUAGUCAGAGGAUAAUUUCAACCCAUUGAUCGUCGACGCGGCCGCUUCUUCGAACUGUUACAUAUAUAUAUGCCAUUAUACAUCUCCACCAUUUGCCAAAAUGCCUGUAACACAAUCACGGAUACCGAUCCGGGCUUCUCAACCGUCACUGGAGCCCAAUGCUGUUUCGAUGGAAGUCAGGUUAUGGCCACGCAUCGACAUAGCCCCGGAUCCGAAUGCUCCCUCUUCCCAAAAGCCCACCCAAACUAGCAUUAUUGUCGCCAUUGUCGUUGCCGUAAUCGCCCUGAUGUUAUCCAUCACUCUCACCUUACGCGCCGUCCGCGCCAGGCAUCCCAACCCAAAAUACAUACCCACGCCCUUCUUAAAGCGAUUAUGGACCAGAUGGAAGGUCCCGCCUGUCAAGCAUGCCUACGCUCAGGCUGGCAUCGACGAAGAGUACAACAGUCACAACCGAGCAAAUCAAGACGUCAUGGAGGAAACACUCACUGCGGUGAACGCUCGACUUGCCGCCGCAGCCGGCAGAACAGGAGCGACAGGAGGAACGACAGCUGAGGUAAACCGUAACCAGUCGAUCCGCAGCAUCAUGACACUCCCGCCCUACCGGCCAGCCCCAGGCGAGAACGAGCGAGUACUAGGUAGAGAAGGCGAGCGCGACGGUAUCGACGUGGUGGUGGAGAUGCCGACUGCGGAGGAUGAGGAGCAUCUACGUGACGAGGAAAUGGAGGCACUGUAUCAGAUUCGCGUGGCAAGACGGCGCGCGAACCAAGAGCGGGAGGAGCGGCGACGACUGCGCCAAGAGGCUCGGCAAGCCCAUAACACUGCAGCUUUGCGCCAGAUCAGAGAGCAAGCACGGGUUCAGACGGCGCGGAAUACCGAGGAACUGGAGGUGCUUCGUGAGGAACACAAUCGCAUCAGAGAGUUGCGAUCGCGCGCGACGAGCAGUGUACAGUAUGCGGAAUUGGGUGUCGCCAGGGCCGAUGGCACUCGCAUCCGGGCUAACAGCACGGAAAGCGAGAGGGUCGGAUUGCUGAGCGAUGCGGCGAGCAUGGCGGCGUCGCAGCAGGGUGUAAGGCCUAGUACUUCAGCCACUCACCAUCGGAGGGGUUCGAGCUCGCUCAGUAUCGACACCUCCAGAUUGGGUGAUCAGUUACUCGAUUCGUCGGCUGUGGCUACGCCCUUGACUGGAGCGGGCGGUAGCAGCACGUUCAGCCUUGUUACGCGCAACAGCCAAGAACGCGGACGAUCGAUAUCCAGGUCCAGGGCAAACUCGGCUGCCAAUACCCCGCGCGCUGGAUCCAGCCCUGAGAUGAUCGAUGCCGAUGAUGCUGACCUGGGCGCCAUCAACAUGCCGCCUCCGCCAGGUUACGAAGAUGUUCGCUUGGACGACUUGACUCCCUUCCGCUCCCCAGUUGCCUCUGCUGCUGUAUCCGGUAGGAACAGCCCCACCACCAUGACGCCGCUUCCGUACAACGAACCCCCUCCGGAAUACCCCGGUCCAUCACCAGCACCACCAGCCGAAGAGACAUCGCUCUCUACGCGCACGAAUGGAGGCAGAACCCUUGCUCACCAGAGGAGCAUCUCAGGGGGAGGAGGUGUCCGAACCGGGAACCUACCGACCAGAUUGCCAAGUCUGCGUCUCGACUCAGUGCCACUCAUUGUCGUCGAACCGGAAGAGGAGAUAAGGAUAGGAGAGGGGAGCAAUAAUAACGCGGCCAGCACAGAGGAAUCGGCGUCUCACCCUCCGAACAUCAACAUAACAUUCCAAGGAGAGAGUAGCGCAGCUCGUACGUCAGUAUCGGAGAGUUUCCGAACAUCGACGGAGAGUGACUCGGGCGAGGAAACCUCAGUAACGACAAAGGGGAAAAAGCCCGAGAGGACCAUCGAAGUAAAUGAACAGAUGGAGAAAGAGAAGGGCAAUAGAAGCGGUGCUGUUACUGCGGAUAUCGAUCGCUCGGAGAGCACCAGGAGCACGACAGCUGCAAGAGACAAGGAGAGUCACAGUCCCCCAGUAGGAGAAGGGAUAAAAGGAACUUCGGCUAGGAUAACGGCGGAAGGUGCGGAUCCAUGAGACGAGGUUUUUGAAGAGAAAACAAGAUAUGGAAUUGGGAUGGUGAUGGUAUUCUGAUGAUUGGCGUGACGUGACCUAUACCCGCGACUCGAUUCGUAUACAUACCGGAGGACAGCGUUUUUUUCUUUUGGGUGGAAGGAGAAAGGAGGGGAUGAGAGAACUGGAGGAAAUUUGGAAACUCUAAAGCAUCAACUUUGUGGGUAUCACUAUGUUUAUGUAUAUACCAGUAAUGUUGUCAAUGAUCAACCGACCAACCGGCGUGGAAUGGAAACUGGAGUCCAAUAAAUUACUCAAGGGAUACUUUUUGAUGAAGGGAAUGAAUGAGACAACGGCAUUCUGAUG